UUCAAGUAUUGUGUUAUUUUUAUAAUACGGAUCUACAAUAUGUCUGGAAGAGGCAAAGGUGGUAAAGGACUCGGGAAAGGAGGCGCCAAGCGGCAUCGCAAAGUGCUCCGUGAUAACAUCCAGGGCAUCACCAAGCCCGCUAUCCGCCGCCUGGCUCGCCGCGGAGGAGUGAAGCGAAUCUCCGGGCUGAUCUAUGAAGAGACCCGCGGGGUGUUGAAGGUUUUCCUGGAGAAUGUGAUCCGGGAUGCCGUCACCUACACUGAGCACGCCAAGAGAAAGACCGUCACCGCUAUGGAUGUGGUGUACGCUCUGAAGCGCCAGGCUCAACAAGCUGAUGGGAGGCGUCACCAUCGCUCAGGGCGGAGUGCUAGUUUGAAAAUGGCAAGAACUAAGCAGACUGCGCGUAAGUCCACCGGUGGAAAGGCGCCCAGGAAACAGCUUGCUACCAAGGCUGCUCGAAAGAGCGCCCCCGCUACCGGCGGCGUGAAGAAACCUCACCGUUACAGACCUGGCACUGUGGCUCUGAGGGAAAUCCGCCGCUAUCAGAAAUCCACCGAGUUGUUGAUCCGCAAACUGCCCUUCCAGCGGCUCGUCCGAGAAAUCGCUCAGGAUUUCAAGACCGACCUGCGCUUCCAGAGCUCCGCUGUAAUGGCGCUGCAGGAGGCUAGCGAGGCUUACCUGGUCGGGCUCUUUGAGGACACCAACCUGUGUGCCAUUCACGCUAUGUCUGGAAGAGGCAAAGGUGGUAAAGGACUCGGGAAAGGAGGCGCUAAGCGGCAUCGCAAAGUGCUCCGUGAUAACAUCCAGGGCAUCACCAAGCCCGCUAUCCGCCGCCUGGCUCGCCGCGGAGGAGUGAAGCGAAUUUCCGGGCUGAUCUAUGAAGAGACCCGCGGGGUGUUGAAGGUGUUCCUGGAGAAUGUGAUCCGGGAUGCCGUCACCUACACUGAGCACGCCAAGAGAAAGACCGUCACCGCUAUGGAUGUGGUGUACGCUCUGAAGCGCCAGGGUCGCACUCUGUACGGAUUCGGGGGUUAAAGAUUUGGACACAAGGACACGAACACAAAGGCUCUUUUAAGAGCCGCC